CUGUGGAUAUUGGCAAAGUAGUACUCCGUACUCCGUAGUAGAGAAGUGUGGAGAUAGCGAGGAUUUGAAGAUGACGAUGAUGGUGGCGGAGGGAGUGAAGUUAUGGAGCCAAUCGUCGCAGCAGUUGAAACACCUUCUCCACAUCAACUUUAAUUCAAAUUUCAAUUCUAAAUUGGUGUUGUUCAAUGCAGUACCGUUCCGAAGCCUAGUCACCUGCGCUUCCAACAGCAACAGCAGCGCAUCCCCCACUCGCAACCGUCGUCCACAGUCGUCGUCGUCGUCGUCGUCUACCUCCGAUAAGGAUGCUGUCCGCUCUAUCCGUCUCAAUAAGGUAGAAGAAUUGAGGAGCAAAGGGUGCGAGCCAUACGCGUACAAUUGGGACAGGAGCCAUUCAACAAAGCAGCUUCAGUCAAAUUAUGAGCAUAUUCCCAAUGGUGAAGAGGCUACUGAUUACGUCUCUGUUGCCGGUAGAAUUAUGGGUCGCCGGGCUUUUGGGAAGCUCGCCUUUUUAACCUUAAGAGACGAUUCUGGCACUAUCCAGCUUUACUGUGAAAAGGAUAAGCUCUCUGAAGGUCAGUUUGCGCAGUUAAAAGCUCUUGUUGACAUUGGCGAUAUACUUGGUGCAAGUGGCACUUUGAAAAGAACCGAAAAAGGGGAGCUUUCUGUUCGUGUGACUUCAUUUGCGAUUCUUACAAAAUCUUUGCUUCCACUGCCUGACAAAUACCAUGGGUUGACAGAUGUGGAUAAGCGUUACCGUCAACGGUAUGUGGAUAUGAUUGCAAAUCCUGAAGUCGGCGAUAUCUUCCGGAAGAGAGCAAAGAUCAUCUCAGAGAUUCGGAAGACUGUGGAAUCAUUGGGCUUUGUUGAAAUUGAAACUCCAGUACUACAGGGAGCAGCUGGUGGAGCAGAGGCGAGGCCAUUUGUUACGUACCAUAAUUCACUGGGAAGGGCUCUAUAUCUGAGAAUAGCUACUGAGCUUCACUUGAAGAGGAUGCUGGUUGGGGGAUUUGAAAAGGUGUAUGAAAUUGGAAGAAUAUUCAGAAAUGAAGGUCUUUCAACUCGUCACAAUCCUGAGUUCACCACUAUAGAGUUGUAUGAAGCAUAUUCAGACUAUGAUAGCAUGAUGUCCAUGGCAGAAGAUAUCAUUACUCAAUGUGCUCUUGCAGCCCAAGGAAAACUUACGAUAGAGUAUCAAGGAAUAAAUGUAUCUUUAGAGCGGCCUUGGAGAAGGGAUACCAUGCACAAUCUUGUUAGAGAAGCCUCUGGAAUUGACUUUAAUGUGUUUGGUGAUAAUCUCGAAGCUGCUAAGGAAAUUACUAUCAGAACGCUUGGAACCAGCCUUGAGGGAAAAGACAAAUUUGCUAUAGAUAAUUGCCCGUCAGUUGGUCAUGUUCUUAACGAGGUCUUUGAGAUAGUCGUGGAGCCAAAGCUCCUCCAACCUACAUUUGUUCUAGAUUAUCCCAUUGAAGUAUCUCCUUUAGCUAAACCACAUAGAAGCUCUGUAGGUCUGACUGAGAGAUUUGAACUCUUCAUCUGUGGUCGGGAGCUAGCAAAUGCAUUCUCUGAAUUAACAGAUCCUGUGGAUCAGAGGUUACGCCUAGAGGAGCAAGUGAGGCAGCACAAUAAGAAGAAGCAAUCAGAAGCAGAUCACAAGGAUGAUAAAAGUGAAGAUGAUUCCUAUGAGGUGACCCUUGAUGAGGAUUUUCUCACAGCGUUGGAAUAUGGAAUGCCUCCAGCUUCUGGGAUGGGAUUGGGAAUUGACAGGCUAGUGAUGCUAUUAACAAACUCUGCCAGCAUUAGAGACGUUAUUGCUUUCCCCGUCCUCAAGGUUCAGAACUAAGAGAGUAAUCAGAUGUGAACAUGGACUUGAGCUGGAAUCCAAGGUGUCUAUCAUGUCAUUUUGAACCGCAAGUGUUCAUUCAUGGAUGCUGCUGCUCUCUGCUCAUCUUGUGAGUUUAGUGUCUGGAGAAAAUUUAAUGGAUUUGACAACGAGAAUGAGAGUUCAUUAUCAUUGUUUCAGGAAAUUUUUGGAUGUAUCACGCUUUUUAUAUUUACAACUGCACAAAAUUCUAAUUUAAUGAAUUAGAGGACGAUAGUUGUGCAGAAUGAAAUCAAUCGCAAAAAACACAAAUUACAAGUAGAGCUGUAGAGGAAGGGAAAUCAAACUUAUAGUUAUAUAUUACCUCCGUUCCUUAA